UUUCCUUUAUUUUUUGCUUUAUAAGCGAUACCAGUCAUUGACAUGUACAAGUUGGAAAGGCCAUGUAAAGAAAGGAGUAGUGAGACAAGGAUGGUGAUGGCAACAUAGAUAUCAUCAUGAUGAGAGCAUUUGUGAGAAGCCCGUUGCGUCACCUACAUGUAGACUGGUGUCGUUCCCAUCUCCCUUUACGCUACCUUCAUUCUAAAGAGGUCCUGAGAUGUUCUUUUCAGGGAAAAAGUUGGAACCAGGCCUCUGUAUCUAAAAGGAGUCCUUUUUUCACAACUCCAAUUUUUUAUGUGAAUGCAACACCUCAUAUUGGUCACCUCUACUCGGCGUGUUUGGCGGAUGCUGCUCACCGUUGGCAAAGGAUUCUGGGAGCUUCCGACACAAUCUUUGCGACAGGAACUGAUGAGCAUGGUCUCAAAGUUCAGAAGGCUGCUAAGGUGGCAGGAAAGGAACCUCUGGCAUUUUGUGAUGAGGUUUCUCAUGAAUUUAGAAGACUGUUUCAAAUGUGCAGUAUCAGCUACACAGAUUUUAUUCGCACUACCGAAGAAAGACAUCAUAAUGCAGUUCAUCAAUUUUGGACUUCAUUGACAGAGAAAGGUUACAUUUACAAAGGAGAAUAUGAGGGAUGGUAUUCUGUGACAGAUGAGAGCUUCUUAACUUCCAAUCAAAUACACGAGAUAGAUAGAGGAGAUGGUACAACUAUAAAGGUAUCUUUAGAAAGUGGCAAUGUUGUAGAAUGGACAAGUGAGACCAACUAUAUGUUCAGACUUAGUGCAUUCAGGGACAAGCUUCUCAGAUGGCUUGAUCAAAACCCUACCGCUGUGCAGCCUGCUAAGUUUCAUGCCAUUGUCAGACACUGGUUGGAAGAAGGUCUACAGGAUUUAUCUGUUUCUCGGCAGAGAGAUCGUCUAGGCUGGGGUGUACCGGUUCCAGAUGACCCUUCACAGACUAUCUAUGUGUGGUUGGAUGCGUUAGUAAACUAUUUAACCGUUAGUGGUUACCCUCAAAGGACACAUCUCUGGCCACCUACUCAUAUUGUAGGUAAAGAUAUUCUCAAAUUCCAUGCUAUAUACUGGCCUGCCUUUCUGAUGGCUGCUGACAUACCACUACCAGCCGGUAUUAUAUGUCAUUCACAUUGGACUCGAGAUAGCUUUAAGAUGUCCAAGAGUAAAGGCAAUGUAAUUAACCCUUUUGAUAGAGCUGCACACUUCACUGCAGACGGACUUCGCUAUUUCUUACUGAGAGAGGGCGUGCUUCAUUCUGAUGGUGAUUACUCUGACAUGAAAGUUUCUGCCCUGCUGAAUGCAGAGUUGGCUGACACAUAUGGCAACCUCCUCUCCAGGGUAGCUGCACCUACACUGAACCCUCAACAGGUCUUCCCUGUGCUAGAUAGCAACCUAUUCCCCAGCAUGUCUGCUCAGAGUAGUACUUCCAGAACAACGGACGAGGAUUAUCUGUUGGUAGAGUCCGUCAAGAGGCUUCCAGAUAUCGUAGCUGGUCAUUACGACCAGUUCUUAUUUUAUCGAGGCUUGAAGGAGAUCAUGACUUGUCUUCGCAUGGCCAAUGCUUUCGUUCAACGUCAUGAACCAUGGAAUCUCACGAAGAAUCCAAUUGACAGACCAUGGCUGGAUUCCAUUAUACACGUCACCAUGGAAACACUGAGGGUUUGUGGGAUACUGACCCAGCCGAUAGUUCCUGACCUCACAGACAGGCUUCUAACCAAGAUGGGAGUCGGAACAAAGGAGAGAAGUUGGGAUCAUCUGAAGUGCUUUGAAGCCCUGGAAGGGGACAGCAGAGAGGGGUAUGGAGGGAGGAGGUUAAGCUCAAACUCUAGUGUGCUAUUUACGAGACUCAAGACCGUGUCACGCAGAUAACGAAAGCUUCUUUAUGAGGAAGUAGCAUGCAAUCUUCAUGCGAUCGAGGAAUACUGCCUUGAUGCCUUAUGCAGCUUGGGAAACUGUGAGCCUCUAUAGAUGUGGAAGUCUUAAACAAGCACACCCCAUUGACUGCAUCUAUAGGGGUGAUAUGGGUGGAUCUGUGGUUAAGUGCUCGGACCAUGAAUCAUGAGGACCAGGGGUCAAAUCCCACCGCAGCACUAGCAUACUUUGGCAAGGCAUUGAUCUACCUUUGCCACACUCAACCCAGGUGUGAAAUGGAUAUCCAACUGGAAGUGAACGUCAAUGUAGCUGACUUACACUUCGAGUGCUACACAAAUGCUAAUUGGUAGAAUGCGUCCCAGGGAAUGGAGACUGUGCACAAAUUGUGUGUGAGAAAACUGAUAUAUUGCUCUAAACUCAACCUUGGUACUAAAAGGGAUGCUCUGGGCUGAAAAUAUUUAUAUCUGAAUAGAGUACAAUUCACAGAGCAAAAUGCAAAAAUUUCAUCAAAAUCAGAAAACAAAUAAGGAAUUUUUUUAAUUUUAAAGUUUAGCAAUAGAUUUUGAAAACAUUUAUAUGCACGUUGUCAUGAAUAUUCAUUAGAUAAGUUGAUGAUGUCACAUCCCCACUUUCCCUUUUCUUAUGUUUUUACAUGAAAUCAUAAUUGUUUCAUUUUUUCAUACAUGUGUGAAUGAUAUGUCUCCCUUAUAAUGAAUAUCUUAUGCACUUAAUCAGUUGUUAUUCCAAUAUUUUUGGUUCUUGAAGGAAAAAAUUUGGAUAAACCUGAUUUCAUAUACUAAAAUACAAAAGAACAAGUGGGGAUAUGACAUCAUCAGUUUGCUCAUUGAAUAUUCAUAAAGACAUGCCGAGAACUGUUUCACCGGAGUAAUGCAAAUCUAAAUAAUACCUAACUCUGUUAUUUCUUGUCCGAUUUUGAUCAAAUUUUCAGUGUUUUGUUUGUCUGAUUUUUCUUAAUCUGUUCAAAUCAUAUUAUUUUCAGUCUGGAUACCCAAGAGGAUGUUGACAUCAGUGUAGACAACUUGCGUCACUCAAAUGGUCAUUAGUAGAAUGCUCCCCAAGGAGUGGAGACUGAAGAUGCAGUGUGUAUGAAAGGAUAACCAAUAGGAUGUGAACAUGAAUAUAGCCGACUUGUACUUUAAUUGCCAUGCAGCUGCUCCCCAGGGAGUGGAAACUGUGCAUACAUUGUGUGUGAGCUAGUAAAAACCCCAUGACUGGAGUAGUGAUGUAGCUGUAAUACCAGGUGGGUGUUUCAUAAAGCUGUUCGUAAGUUAAGAGCGACUUUAAGAAUGACUGGAGAACCUUUCUUACACGCUAAAUAAUCACCAAAUGGUGAAUAUCACUUACCACAAGAAAGGAUCACCAGUCGUUCUUAAAGUCACUCUUAACUUACGAACAGCUUUAUGAAAUGGUCCCCUGAUGUUAUAGGAGUUACGUAUUAUUGAUAAGUCUCAAUAUAAUAAUUUAUUUUUUAUCACCUUCACCAUCAUUAUAAUCACCUGUGUCAGGGGGCCGUUUCAUAAAGCUAUUCAUAAGUUAAGAGCGACUUUAAGAACGACAGGUGAUCCUUGUGUAACAGGUCAAAAUGAACUGUUGAAUGGAAAUUCAUAUAUUUUCAUAACUCUUAAUCAUUUGUCUGUAAGUGAUAGAUGCCUUCACAGGAAGUGCACAGGAAGUAGUAGAAAGUAGAAAUAUUUAACAAUCUUCAUGCUUUUGAAGAAGUAUGAUUCACACUCUUUCUGGGUAAGAGUGAUGCUGAAUGGUCUUUGGGUCAAAACAUCACAUUCCAGAGCUAUGAGCAUGUAUGACGUAGAUAAUUAUGGUCAAGGCUUAGCAUCUGUGAAUGGAGAGUGAUAACUGCAUAAAAAGGAGAGAAGAUUUUGCUCCAAUUCACUCCUGCACUGCACCCCAUUCAUGGGGCAGGCAGAGAGGCUUCUUCAUUUUCGGGUCAGGAUUAUAGGUAAGAUAAUUAUCUUAUUUUGUCGAUUCUGUUAGUUUUGAAUAAUAGUUUAUAAAGUUAGUUCACAAUGUAUUUUCUAUUGUUUUGAACAAGAGGUUAGGUUAUAUUAAAGAGCUAUCUUUGCUAGCAUAGCAUGUUAUCUGUCUUAAUUAAAGGGGUUUUGUGAAUUAAAUAAUUUAUUAGUUAUGCAUCUGUCUUUGUUACUUCAGAUGAUUUUUAUGUAAUUUUGUUAUAUUUUGUAUUAAUCACUUGUACUUGUAUACUUGAUUGUAGUAUGUAGUUAUAAAACAGAAUGUGUUCGGUUCUAAUCUUAUAGUGAAACAAUUUAGUAAAAUGAUCUUUAGAGUGAAAGAUUUUGGUUAAAUUGAUUUUGGUUAUUGAAUUGUUAAUUCAAUGUUUCAGUUUAGUGUUUUCAGAGUAAAGGGUCACGAUGAUUGCUUACUAUGUGUAAUAAUUGUUAUUUUCCUUUUAAAGGUAUUUGACAUGACAUUCGUGUAGCGGGUGAGGCUCUCACCAGAGGAAAUAUGGUCCUCUAGGCCAGAUUGCCAGGGUGAGUGGUUAUCAUUUAUUAACCACUGUAUUUCAAUGUUAAUUUGUUGGCAUAUUCUAAUUGUUGUUUGGUAAAUUUCACUUGAUGGAUGUAUUUCAUUUAUUUGUUGGAAGAGUUAUCCAUAACGAUGGAGGAACCGAAUUAGUGAUUAGAUGAGUUGAAUUCAGGCAAUAUUGAUUAGGUUUUAAUGAAUGGAUAUAGACAACAUGUUUAUCAUUGAUUAUUACGAGUCUACUUGACGUCAUAUUGAUGAAUGUUUUAUCUUGGAGUCACAAGCAAAUAUGUGUAUAUUUCGAUUUUGUGCAUUUUCAAACAUAUCAUAAUUCUAUUUAAUUGUUUUGUUCUUAUCGGUUUUUGCAGGUUUUUUUUAUCUUGUGUUCUUGUACUUGGAAUUUUGUAUGUAACGAUCCAUCGAUAUUAAACGAACCG